GGCCGGUGGGAGCGGAGCGGAGCGGGCAUGGGGCCGCGGGCGGCCGGGGCGCUGCGGGCAACGCUGGCGCUGGGGCUGCUGGCGGCAGCGCAGCCCGGGCCGGCAGCUCGGCAGCGGCGGGACGCGGAGCUAUUCCUGGAGAAAUACGGCUACUUUGGGAAGCAGGCUCCCGGCACACACAGCCCUGAUGAGUUCACGGAUGCACUGAGGGAUUUCCAGCGGGUGACCCACCUCCCGCUCAGCGGGGUCCUGGAUGCCCCCACACUCCAUCAGAUGGCUCUGCCGCGGUGUGGCACCGGUGAUGGGGAGAGCCGCACUACAGGGACACAACGGGCACCCAGCACCCGGCGCCACAGGCGCACUGUGCAGCACGGCGGGAGGUGGUACAAGCGGCACCUGACGUACCGGGUGGUGAACCGGCCCCCGUACCUGCCGCAGCACGAGGUGCGCCUCGCCGUCAGAGCCGCCUUCGAGCUCUGGAGCAACGUGUCCUCGCUGGUGUUCUGGGAGGUGCGCGACGGCCCCGCCGACAUCCGCCUCACCUUCUUCCGUGGGGACCACAACGACGGGCUCAACAACGCCUUCGACGGGCCAGGAGGUGCCCUGGCUCACGCCUUCUUCCCCCGGCGUGGUGAAGCCCACUUCGACAGCGCCGAGCGCUGGUCCCUGCACAGCGGCAAAGGGCGCAACCUCUUCAUCGUGGUGGCCCACGAGGUCGGGCACACGCUGGGGCUGGAGCACUCCCCAGUCAAGAGCGCUCUGAUGUCUCCCUACUACAAGAAGCUCGGCAAGGAUUUUGUGCUGAGCUGGGACGAUGUCUUGGCCGUGCAGAGCCUGUACGGGAAGCCAUCCAAGGGCUUGGCCAUCCAGCUCCCGGGGAAGGUCUUCACUCACUUCCAGGACUGGAGCACAGAUCCUUACGGUGGGGAUCGGCAGCAGAGGAGCCCCAGUGCCUAUUACUGCCACUCCUUCUUCGAUGCCAUAACUUCUGAUGGGGAUCACAACAUCUACAUCUUCAAGGGCAACCACUACUGGAUGGUGCCGGUGCACGGCAACGCCAGUGACCCACAGCCACUGCAGAACCGCUGGCCUGGCCUCCCUGCUGGCAUCGAUGCCGCUGCCUGGUCCCAGAGCAGCAAUAAGUUCUACUUCUUCAAAGGAGGGAGAUGCUGGCGCUACGCGGGCUCCAGCUUGGAUGCAGGUUUCCCUCUGAAGUGCAGCGCCCGCGGGCUCCCGCGGCACCCGGACACGGCGCUGCACUUCCAGCAGCUCCAGCGCAUGGUGCUCUUCAAGGGACCCAAGUACUUCGUGCUGGGCGAGGAGCCCCUCGCCCCGGAGCCCUAUUACCCUCGCAGCCUGCGGGACUGGCAGGGGCUGCCCUCGGGCACCGCGGGUGCCCUCACCCACCGCGACGGCUCCGUCUACUUCUUCAGGGAUGAGCGGUACUGGCGCUUCCACCCGGGGAAGCUGCAAGUGGUGGCCAGCGGCAAAUGGGCGGCAGAGCUGCCCUGGAUGGGCUGCUGGGAUGCCGGCGGUGGGCAGGACCUCUUCUGAGCUGGACAAAACAGGGCUCUGAGCCCCUGCCUGCAGCCCUCUUGGUGUGACUGAAUGGGAGCGGUUUGGAGGGGACCAGCAGGGUGGCUGGAGCCGUGCGUGAUGCAGUGGGGAUGGAGCCGUCAGCCCCAGCGGCUCCGCCACGGACAGAGGCUGGAGGCUUGGAGAGACAAUGUUAAGACUGCAAAGCAAGGGUAUAAGCCAUGAGACUGCAGUGCUCCUUCCCGUGAAUGGUCAGGGGAUCGUUGUGCAUGUGUCUUCCACACUGGGACUGGGGGCUGUUGAUCCUUUAGCCAUGGCCAGGCAAAGAAGUGCUUUGCCAUUGCUCACCUUGGGCUUUGGGGGGGGUUAAAUAAGAGCCUCGAGAAUGUUUCCUGGUUACAACCAAAGAGAA